UCUUCACUUUCGAUCGUGUUAAACGAGAAGGGACUGUUUACUAACGCCAGAUUGCUAUUAGGGCCAGAGUGGUAAACAUUGUGUGAGGUGCCGGCUCGGCUAAAUAGUUUGUGCCAAUGAUAGGCCACCCGAUAGGUCUCGCCGAGUGGAACAAAAAUCAAUGGAAACUCGGUACCACCGCGCAGAAGUGAAAUAAUUAUCAGUGCAAUCGGAUCCUGCAAAAAAGAGUUCACCGAAAGGAGGUAGCUCCACACGACAAGCUCCUGCACAAAACAUGUCUUCAAAUCAAGCACAAUUUAUUGCAGCCGGCCUGUGCUAUUUGCUGAUGGUGUGUGCCGUGGUCGGCGAAGCGAAGGUUUUCACCAAGUGUGCCCUGGCAAAGGAACUGGGCAAGAAUGGUAUUUCCCGCACCUUCUACGGCCACUGGAUUUGUCUGGCAAAUGCGGAGAGCGGUUUGGACACGACCAAAGUGACUAAACUGCCCAAUCUCACCAGUAGCUUCGGAAUGUUCCAAAUCAACAGCAAGGAAUGGUGCCGCGAGGGUCGUAAGGGUGGAAAGUGUAAUAUGAAAUGUGAAGAUUUUCUGGACGAUAAUAUUGCCGACGAUAUCGACUGUUCGAAGAAAAUUCAGAUGCAGUAUGGAUUCAACGCCUGGAACCUUUGGCAGAAGAAGUGCAAGGGCAAGGAGCUGCCCGAUAUUUCCAAGUGCAAUGCUUAAUUCCAAAGCUGGUAUGGCGAAUAGUUCCCGUAGGUUAUGGCGUUAAUUGCCUUUGCUCGUGUGAUAAAUGUUGAUUCCUAUUCUUGAUACCAGUUAUUUGCGUUUAUUAACAAUAAACAUUUUUCAGCAGCA